AUGGCGACGGGAGGAGGCGAUGGCGGCGGGAGCGGAGCGGGAGGGAGGCGAGGAGCGGGGUUGAUUUGGACCGAAAACAAGAGGCUGAACAAGGAGAAAAGGGGACCAUAUCUCAUGAGCAAACCUCCUCCCAUUCACCCCAAGCUCCAGUGGCAGAGGGAGCUGGCAGCGCUGCGGCGGCAGGGGGGACCCACACCAAACCACCCGAAGCUGGCAGCGAAAAGGUCGGUGAAGUUUAACAAGGGCUACACAGCACUCAGCCAGACAGCAGAUGAGAACCUGGUCUCCCUCGAUUCAGACAGUGACGGGGAGCUGGGAUCCAGAUGUUCCUCGGGCUACUCCUCUGCUGAGAAGGUGAACCAGGACAUGAGCCAGCAGCUGCUGCAGGAUGGGUACCACCUCGACGAAGUACCCGAUGACGAAGACCUGGAUCUCAUCCCCCCAAAACCAGUCACCUCCUCGUGUUGCCCCUGCUGUCUGGGAGAAAACCUCUCCUGUGUCAUCCAGUAGGCACUGCUCGGCCUGAACAAGAGCUGAACAAGAACAGGUCACAAGCCAGCACUUUCUUUGUCCCCUGGGAUGGCUGUUGGUGUCCCUGUCCCACGCUGGGACGGUGAAACAAGGACUUGGUGAUGCUGCUCUGCUGCUCGUGGUGAACAGCAGCCAAGCCCAGAGGACUUACUCAGCAAUAUCAGGGAGAAGGUGGCCUGGAUGGGGUGGGAGGGAGGAGAGGCACCUCCACCAGGGGUGUGAAGAGAAGGAAUUAGGAGGGACAGCACCAAAUUCCUCUUUUCCUCCUUUAUUUGGCCACAUUGAGGACUACGGCCUGACCUGGACAGGAAGGGGUAGGCUUGAACUGACCAGGCUGGGAAGCCCUAAAACCCCUUUUCUGUUUAUUUUCACUUUAAUCACUGCUUCUCCCCAUCAGGCUGAAGCCAAGCAAGCGGGGUUGGGGUUAGGGUUGGCUGGCAAAGCUGCUGCUCCCUUUGCUCAGCUCCUGCUGCUCACAGCUCAUGGCUGUCAGCUCCCUCCUCCCAAAGCCUGAACCAAAGAUCAUUGCUCACAUGGAGAGGACAGGGAGGAGGAACCCAAGAGAGGGUCACUUUUUAAGCAUUUGAAUUUGUGAUAUCCACCAGCACCUGCUGCUGGGGCUGGGAGCUCCUGGGAACUUCUGCCUCUUGGGGGACCUGUGAAGUCCAUCAGUUUGGAGCUGGUGGCUUCUUCCAGCUCUCCCCAAAGCUGCUUCAAUGGGGGCAAGGGGCAGGGCAGCCCCCCCCAUGCACAGCUCCUUUUCUGGAGUCAGCCUGCUGUGAAACCUUCAAAGCUGCCUUAAAUGGUCCUGCUCUACUGCAAAGAGGACAAUCAGCUUCUUUGAGAAUAAAUGGUGUCUAUUUAAAUUAUAUUUGGUGUCUAUUAGAGACCUGAACUGGGUUUUGGGUUUGUAUUUUCUUUGUUUCAGGGAGCACUCAAUAAAGUGGAUGUGGUUACUCA